CCUUGUAAAUAAUAUAUUUAAGAUAACUGCUAAUAAGUAUUUACAAUGGCUAGCUCCACACAACACACAAUAGUUUGUUUUGAAGAUGUGAAGUCUUUCCCGCCUGUUGUAAAUGGAAAAAUAAAUUUGGUGAGCUUCUUGGAAGCUGCAACGGAUUUGGUCUACCUUGUUGAACGCCUUGGCACAGCUUUUGCACCUGUAAAAUUUGAUAUGCAAGGAAAUAUUGAUAGAAUAAAAAAAAAUUACAAAUUUGAUGAAAAUUCCUGUUUACUGAUGUUAAUGCUUGAAGAAAUUAAUAAUGGUAAAGCUCCUGUUACUGAAGGAGUUUUAUGGCUUAACAGAGCUCUGCUGUUUUUCGAAUUAGUAUUUGUAGAUAUACUAGAAAAUUUACAGGCAAAAAAGGAGAUAAAUAUGAAAUAUGUAUUCACCAAAGCAUAUGAAGGUUCUGUAAAGAAGUAUCACAGUUGGGUCACACAACAAUUAUUUAUAUUCAUCUGCAAGAUGUCACCAACUUUUGCACAAAUGAUCAAAUCUUUUGGAGUUGAUGGUGAUAUCAAAAGUUUCGAGACAAAAUUGGCGAGUUUCAAUAUCACAUUGCACUUAAAUCGCUGCAAGAUAGACGACUUUUUUAAAGACAACAACUUAUUUAGUGAUACAGCUUAACCAACAUUAAAAUCUACUAACUGAAACCAAAAAUAAAUUAUAGGAUAUUUUAAAGUACGUUAACGAGAUAUAUUAUACAUAUGAUAAUAAAAAAAGUUCAAGCACCACAGUUACAAUGAUUCAAUGGUUUGUAAGGUUUGAUAGAAGUUAAAUUAUGUGCUAGCAUUAAAACUAUAAAUAUAUCUUAAAAAAAUGAACAUGAAUAAGUGAAAAAAAGCUACAGAAUUAGAGACACAGCAGAGGCAUGAAGAGGUUUAAUCACUUUUAAAAAGUAGUUUUAGAUAAUUGAAUAUUGACUUAUUGGUUGUAACAGAAUUUGCUAAAAGCAAAAAGUCAGGGCGCUAAAAUAUACUUUUUACAGGAAAGGCAAAAUAAUGUGUAACCGAACGUAGAUUCGAAUACACCUAGCUUUUGAAUUCCAAAUAAUUUAACAAAUAAAGUCCCUGCAUUAGAUGCAGCCAAUUCCCUUUGUUACUCCACAGCUACUGAGAGCACUUGAUUGCGAAUUUCUUGCUCUGAUAACCUUUGUUUAGAAUUAGAAGAAUUGAGACCUGAGUGAGCUGAUCAUUCAUAGUUGGAAAGGGGAUUUAGGUAAAUGUUAAUCGGAAUCGGAGAAAAAAAUCUUUAUGUGGACAAAUUUUAAUAAAACUCCUGCAAUUCAAGCUGCCUUAUAAGUAAGUACUUUGACACUGAAAGAUUAAGACGAUGUCUUACGGUUUACUAUGGCAACAUUUCAAAGGAGGAGUUAAAUGCAGUCUUCAUCACAAAUACUGAGAUAUAGAACAAAAUUUCCUUUAAAAAUUUGAUUCGUGGAAAGUUCUAAAAAAUAACAUGUACUAGUCAGAUUGUUUCAAAAUGAAUUUGAACCUUUACAUUUAAACACUGUACUUUGUAGAUCCAAUCAACUGUGUCAAAAUUAUAUCAUUUUUCCCUUGAAGUUUUCCCAGUGUUUCUACAAAUAAAAACCAGUGCCUUGAAGAGUUUAAUGGCAAAUACAAAUAUUUAAAUAUGAAUGUUGAAAACCAUUUUAAUGAAAUCUUAUAUAUUUUGAUACCAAUAAUAAAUUUAAUAAAUAUGAGUCAGAGAAUUGAUUUACUUUUAUAUGAACGGAGAAGUUUUCUGUAUUCCAUUUUGUUUGAAGUAGUUAUUUAAGAAAAAGUGCAAUCAUUAUUUUAAAGUUAUGACUAAUAUUUUUUGUGUGCUUGACGCUAUUUUUUAAAGUUGAAUGUAAUUUAUGACAGUAUUGUUUAAAAAAAACUUAAUUUACUUUUGUAAUUAACUAUUAUAUAACAAGCUAUGUUAAAUAAUUAUGUUUAUUAUGCCAAAGCUUUGCUAAAUACAGCAAUUUUUAUUAAAUAUCUUAAGAUAUGGUUCCAGCAUCAAAUGUAUUAUGACAAUAAAGUCUUUUCAUUUAAAGUAUGUUUCAUUUAAAAAACCUUUGGUCAUUAUGCCAUUCAACUUGAUCUAUAUGCCAUAAUGACUGAUCUUUUUUGUCAUGGUUAAAAUUGGCAUGAACGCACAUUCAUCCUGGUUUUAAGUGGUUAUUGUAAGUAUAUCAACCACAUAUUAAAUGAGAGUGCUUUGAAGAUUGAAUUUUCAUUGCAUUGAUACAACAGCUGUUCUAUCUGUUCAAAAGAGUACAUGCAGGAGUAGUUAUCAUACCCAUCAGUGCCCUAAAGCAUGAAUUAGGCUAUUAGAGAAAAAAAAAAAUAUUUUUAUUUUUAUUAAGCAUAUGGCAUGACCCACCUGAUGGGCAUAAGUAGCCUCUAUCACUCAUGGACAUCAGCAAUGACAGGGAAAACAAAGUUGCUGCCUAUGUUUUGUUUGUUUUAAAAACUCAACCCAUUAAGGUUUAUUUUCUAAUUUUAAUAAAUGAAAAAUGUAUACUGCGUUUACCUUCGUUUCAAAUUAAGAAAUCUAAAGUUAUGAAAUAUAUAGAUAUCCUAAGUCUCUUUGCAAAAGAAAUUUGAUUUUCGAUAAAAAAAGGACAUAACAAAAAAUGCUUUUUCACAUUGACAAUGCUAUUAUUUAAUGUUUUGUAUUUAUCAUACCAUGAUUAGUGCUCAUACUAAUUACAGUCUGAUACUAUAUAAAUUAUGCUCCAUUCUACCAUAAUAUUACUACAAUAUUAUCUUAUAAUUUUACUACUCUACUA